AUGCUCGUGAUUUUAUUUGACUCGAGCCAUGCCAUGAGAAUUGUGCGGACAGUGGGCCAAGCCUUUGAAGUGUGCCACAAGUUGACGAACCCACAAAUUGAGCAAAAUGCGCCAUCUUUGGAAGACGGGGUCAGCGAAGAAGGUUCGGAGCCAUUUUCGGACAAAACCAAGAAAGAUUCGGAAACCUUGGAUUCCGAAGUGCACGUGCUCAAGGCGACCUUUUCGCUCGUCUGCCUUCAGAGCGAAAAGGAACUCCUGCUUGCCCUCGGUAGCCCCGAAUUAAUUAGUCUUCACACAACCGUCAUUAAUGAUGCUGAUUUUGAAAGAGAACCGACGAGUUUAGCCGGGAGACGCGGGGAGGAAACAGAGCCAGUGUCGCGUCGUCCCAAGGACUGGGGUUUGAGCCAAAGCCCGGCACAGCAACGACAACCCAAGCAAAAGCUGCAACAACCACCUCAACAAAACAACAACAACAACAGCAGUAGCAACAAGCGACGUCCGAACGGCGGAUUGAAUGCGUCGUCGGGAAACUCGUCAGUGACGAGUGGAGGCUGUCGAUUGCUGGGUGACGAGGACUUGCUCAUUGAGCCGCUGCCCGCGCCGCCGCAGACCGACAAGAAAUCUUUGUUGACUGGCGAGAUUUACGCGUCUCCAAAGGCCAAGCCGUUGGUGGCCGGAGACGCGGACGCCGUGAAGACGCUGGUCGGCGGCAGACUCAGUGCGCAUCACGAGGCCCAGUUGCUGAGGGAGCAGCUGGAGGCCCAGAGCCAACAGACGCAGGCCGCCAUGGCCCAGGUCCACCUGCUCAGGGAGCAAUUGGCCGCCGAGUCCUCUGCCAGGAUGGAGGCACAAUCAUUGGAGGAAAGAUUCGGAGUCAAAAUAGCACGGACUCAUCAGUUGCUGUCAAGUAAUCAGCAGCUGCUGGAGCACAUUAGGAGCUUGGUGCUGCAGCUGGUGGAACUAGAGACCAGACUGGAACCCAGUGCAGAGUCCUCUGCUUCUCAAGUUCGUCAAAUGCUGAGCUCUCUUCCCCAGAGAAGCAAAAAUUUAAACUUGAUAUUCAACCAUUGA